AUGCGACGCGGACGCGCGAGUGACAGACGGCCCACAGGGGCAGAAGACGACACAUCGGGGCAUCCUGGGAGGGCACUACCGCUCGCAGACCCACGUCCACGCCGUCGCUACCCCUACGCCAACGUACGACCAGCUCACGCCAAUCCAGCCAACGGUGGUCCCACCGUCAGACGAACAGACCCCAUCAGCCCAGCUCAUCCCAGCCGCACCGACCCGACGUCGGCCAGCGACACCAGGGGACCCUCAACGUCCCGAAGCGCCACCAAGCGCAAGAGGACAGACGAACCGGAGCCUCGCCGACAAGGCGGAAACCCCCAAAGGCAACCGACAUCACCACCACCACCACCCUCCUCGACACGACGAGUCGAGGCCUCAGACGGCCUCCGCCGGCUGGGCCAAGAGCGAGACGACGGUCGACUAGGCGCGCCAUUCCAAACGAGCAACGUGGACGCCGAGAGUAGGUGGGGAGACCCCGCCAUGGCCGAGGAGAGCGACGAGGAAGUCCUCAACGACGGACGCUUUGGGAUAAAUUCCCAGCGGGCCCCUCUACGACACGAUAUCGAGACGCUCAAUCGGUGGCUGAAUACAGAGCGGGCCCAAGGCCCGCAAUACUCCGACGUCAGCGAGGACGAGACUGAGGAGACACCGAGAGAGCGAUGCCCGGACCCGGUAGCGACCAGCUUAGGCAGGCAGGCUACUGUCGAGGAGGAAAACCGGCCAGCGCCAUCGAGCCCCAAGGAUACUGGAGCACCGCCCGCUUACGGGUCGUGGCAUCCUUCAACGAAGAUCCCCGGAAUCCCACCCCCACGGAGGCGCCACAUAAAAGGGCACCUGACCUUCCUGACCUGGACGGACAGCGAGGCCGAAACGGAGGAGUGGGACGGGAGUGGGUACCACUCAGAGUCCAGUGCCGAAGAGGAGGCUGAGGCAGAAGAAGCGGUAAAAGAGGAGGCAGAGGCAGAAGAGGAGGCUGAGGAAGAAGACGUCGACGAGGAGGCUGAGGCAGAAGAGGCGGAGAAAGAGGAGGUUAGUGACGAGGAUACCACCGAAAAGGGGAACAGCGGGGACGACCGCUCAAAGAUGAGUUUCAUACUCUCCCCCCGAACCCCAUCCUACUCAUCUGUCCCCAACCAAACGGAACUUUGCGCAUACUGGCCCAACUCUCCUGACCAUCGAAUAAUCGGCCCACAUCGAACCGACCCCCGGGUAAUCACGAUCAGUGACAGAGAGGAGGAGGGCACGACAGACGGACCCUCGGAAGCAGUAGCAGACAAGACACCCCAAGAGCAGGAUGCGCCCAUGGACCUUCGACGCAUCAACCACAGGGAUCGCGAGGUCGAAACCAUAGGUGCGGCAACGCGGACACCUCCCCACGAGAGCAAUCCCUACCGCGAGUUGCAGGGACUAACUCUCGAUGAUCUCCUGGGCGAAGCCAUAGGGGCGGCAGAGGAGAUACCUCUCCACGAGGGCGACUCCUACCUGGAGCUCGAGACGUUCGACGCCGACGACCUCAUGGCACUCUUCAACGAGCUCCCGGCGUUGGACACCGUACAAGAGGAAGGAGAAUGGCGGGAGGCACCCGCAGGCUGGCAGGUAGAUACCCCGAUGCGCCGAGUACCUCAGACCCUCAUCGAAGCCGUUCAGAGAAGGCUGGACGCGGAAAGCACGUCGCGAACACGGACAUUGGAGAUCCAUGGCGGCCAGCGGUUCCGGAUCUCGGUGAACCGAAACAGGGAGGUACGGGUGUUUUUACGACCCUCCCGAAGUGAGGAGGGAGUGUAA